GGUGGGGAAACCGUGAGGUGGACGUGGUCCUAGUUUGGUGUAGCAGAGGCGGGAGAGAAGGCGAGGACUCUAAAGAACCGGACGGGUGAGAGGAGGGCAAGGGGUAGAGGUUCUGGGUUCUACAUUCCACUCCCCUCCCCCGCUCCCUGAGACAGCUGGCAGAGAGAGAGGUUGGCUACCAUGGAAUCACCAGAAGAACCUGGAGCAUCCAUGGAUGAGAACUACUUUGUGAACUACACUUUCAAAGACAGGUCACACUCGGGCCGCGUGGCUCAGGGCAUCAUGAAACUGUGUCUGGAGGAAGAGCUCUUUGCUGAUGUCACCAUUUCAGUGGAAGGCCGGGAGUUUCAGCUCCACCGGCUGGUCCUCUCAGCUCAGAGCUGCUUUUUCCGGUCCAUGUUCACUUCCAACCUGAAGGAGGCUCACAACCGAGUAAUUGUACUGCAGGAUGUCAGCGAGUCUGUUUUCCAGCUCCUGGUUGAUUAUAUCUACCAUGGGACUGUGAAACUUCGAGCUGAAGAGCUGCAGGAAAUUUAUGAGGUGUCAGACAUGUAUCAGCUGACAUCUCUCUUUGAGGAAUGUUCUCGGUUUUUGGCCCGCACAGUGCAGGUGGGGAACUGCCUUCAGGUGAUGUGGCUGGCAGAUAGGCACAGUGAUCCUGAGCUCUACACUGCUGCCAAACACUGUGCCAAGGCCCACCUGGCCCAGCUGCAGAGCACAGAGGAGUUUCUCCACCUGCCCCACCAUCUACUCACUGAUAUCAUCUCGGAUGGAGUUCCAUGUUCCCAGAACCCAACAGAGGCAAUAGAAGCCUGGAUCAAUUUCAAUAAAGAAGAAAGAGAGGCUUUUGCAGAGUCACUCAGAACGAGCUUGAAGGAGAUCGGGGAGAAUGUGCACAUUUACCUGAUCGGGAAAGAAUCAUCUCGUACCCACUCGUUGGCUGUGUCCUUACACUGUGCAGAAGAUGAUUCCAUCAGUGUAAGUGGCCAAAACAGCUUGUGCCACCAGAUCACUGCAGCCUGUAAGCAUGGCGGAGACUUGUAUGUGGUGGGAGGGUCCAUCCCACGGCGCAUGUGGAAGUGCAACAAUGCCACCGUGGACUGGGAAUGGUGUGCGCCUUUGCCCCGAGACCGGCUCCAGCACACCCUGGUGUCUGUGCCUGGGAAAGAUGCUAUAUAUUCACUGGGUGGCAAGACACUGCAGGACACGCUCUCAAAUGCAGUUAUCUAUUAUCGGGUAGGUGAUAACGUCUGGACAGAGACAACUCAGCUAGAGGUGGCUGUGUCAGGGGCCGCUGGUGCCAACCUUAACGGGAUCAUCUACUUACUGGGGGGGGAGGAGAAUGACCUGGACUUCUUUACCAAACCAUCCCGACUCAUCCAGUGCUUUGACACAGAGACAGACAAAUGCCACGUGAAGCCCUAUGUUCUGCCCUUCGCAGGUCGCAUGCACGCAGCUGUGCAUAAGGAUCUGGUGUUCAUCGUGGCUGAAGGGGACUCCCUGGUGUGCUACAAUCCCCUGCUAGACAGCUUUACCCGGCUUUGCCUUCCUGAGGCGUGGAGCUCUGCCCCAUCCCUCUGGAAGAUCGCCAGCUGUAACGGGAGCAUCUAUGUUUUUCGGGACCGAUAUAAAAAGGGGGAUGCCAACACCUACAAGCUUGACCCUGCCACUUCAGCUGUAACUGUUACCAGAGGCAUUAAGGUGCUACUUACUAAUUUGCAGUUUGUGUUGGCCUAAGGCUGUGGGGGGGAAGAGCAGCUGACUUCUGCCCUCCCCUUUUCCAGCACCUAUCCAUCCAAAUUUGAAGUCCCUGGGGCCCCAAUCAGAGUGCUACGUUAUUUUUUUGGCACAUGUUAUAAAGGGCAGCACCUCAGUCCUUGCCGAACCCAUCGGGGUGCUCCAUUUGGGGCUUUUUAGACUGCUGCUGUUCAGCUGGCUGCUCAGAGUAGGGCCAGCCUAUCCUCUGCUGUCCCCUGGUAUCUGUGUCUCCUUGCAGAUGGCUCGAGCAAGCCAUUUCUCAGACAGUAGGCACAACCUCCCCUCAUUCCCUGAUCAGUGUUAAGUAGAAGCACCUCUGAUCCCAGGACAGAAGGAAAGACGCCCCAUCUUCCUUUUUUUCUAUAACCUGCAAAGUGGCUAGUUGGUAAUUUUCCCACAAAGAAUUAGGUGUUAGAGUUUUCAUUUGGGCUUUGGUUGGGAGAAUGGUCUAAGCUGAAGGUGUCCUUCACCAGCAAGCGCCAACUCUAGAAUUCAGGAUGUUGCGUCUUGUGUUUUCUCACCUCUCUGUCAGAAAACGUACACUUUGGUUUUAUUUUUGGUGUACUCCAAGGAGUAAGCCAGAAAGAAGUAGGAAGGAUUAUUUCUGAUUAAUAGCAGAAACCUUUUUCAAACUUAAAUAUAUAAGGUCUCUACUCUUUUAAAAGCUCUAAGGUAAGCCAAGAGCUAGGAGCUGUUCAUACAAAUAAAAGUUUUUGAAGGGA